AUGAACAUGGAUUACAAAUCUCUCUCUUCUAUCUCCGUUUCAGAUAUUGAGUCCCUUGGAAUUUCAACACACGACGCUGCAACUCUCCACCACCAUCUCACAGAAUUAAUCACAAUUCAUGGAGCUGACGCGCCUGCCACGUGGAAGAACAUCACCACCAACAUCCUCAACCCACAACUACCUUUCUCCUUUCAUCAAAUGCUCUACUAUGGCUGCUUCAAGGAUUAUGGUACUGACCCGCCCGCUUGGUUACCCGACCCGAAAAGUGUUAGUUUGACGAAUGUUGGUCGGUUACUUGAGAGGAGGGGUAAAGAGUUUCUGGGAUCAGCGUAUAAGGAUCCAAUUACAAGCUUUGCUGAUUUCCACAAAUUUUCACUCUCAAACCCUCAGGUUUAUUGGAAAACUGUGCUCGAUGAAAUGAACAUAUCGUUUUCUAAACCACCCCAAUGCAUCUUGAGUGAGAAUCUCAGUGAGGACGGUUCAUCUUCUUAUCCUAGUGGUCAAUGGCUUCCUGGAGCAUCGGUUAAUCCUGCACUCAAUUGCUUGAAUUUGAAAGGCAACAGAAGUUUGAAUGACACAGUAAUAAUAUGGCGCGAUGAAUUGCAAGAUGAUCUUCCUCUUCAAAGGAUGACGCUUGACGAAUUGCGUCAAGAGGUUUGGUUAGUUGCCUAUGCUCUUGAAUCACUGGGUCUGGAGAAAGGAUCUGCAAUUGCGAUUGACAUGCCAAUGAAUUGUAAAUCUGUGGUCAUCUAUCUGGCUAUCGUUCUUGCAGGUUAUGUUGUUGUAUCGAUAGCUGAUAGUUUUGCAGCACGUGAAAUAUCAACCAGGCUUAAAAUAUCAAAUGCAAAAGUCAUAUUUACUCAGGAUCUCAUACUUCGUGGCGAUAAAGCCCUCCCACUUUACAGUAGAAUUGUGGAAGCACAAUCUCCUACCGCAAUAGUUAUCCCAGCUAGAGGCUCUGGAUUUAGCAUGGAACUGCGCAACGGGGACUUUUCUUGGUGUGAUUUUUUGGAGAGAGUCAAUAAUAUCAAAGGCAAGGAAUUCAUAGCUGCGGAACAACCAGUAGAAACAUUUACAAACAUUCUCUUUUCUUCAGGAACAACAGGUGAUCCAAAGGCAAUUCCGUGGACCAAUAUUACACCACUAAAAGCUGCUGCAGAUGCAUGGUGCCACUUGGAUGUUCGUAAAGGUGAUGUAGUUUCCUGGCCCACUAAUCUUGGAUGGAUGAUGGGGCCAUGGCUAGUAUAUGCAUCAUUGCUAAAUGGAGCUUCAAUGGCUUUGUAUAAUGGAUCCCCGCUUGGGUCUGGUUUUGCCAAGUUUGUACAGGAUGCUAAAGUAACAAUGCUCGGUGUGAUUCCAAGUCUUGUACGGAGCUGGAGAAACGCAAAUUCCACAUCCGGCUAUGAUUGGUCUGCUAUCCGUUGCUUUGCAUCCACCGGAGAAGCAUCUAACGUAGAUGAAUACUUGUGGCUGAUGGGAAGAGGUCGUUACCAGCCUAUCAUUGAAUAUUGUGGUGGUACAGAGAUUGGGGGUGCAUUCGUCACUGGAUCAUUGCUGCAGGCUCAGUCAUUAGCUGCUUUUAGCACACCAGCUAUGGGCUGCAAUUUGUUUAUUCUUGGUGAAGAUGGGCAUCCUAUUCCAGAGAAUGCUCCAGGAAUAGGUGAGUUAGCUCUUGGCUCCCUUAUGCUUGGGGCAUCAAAUGCAUUGCUGAAUGCUGAUCAUUAUGGUGUCUAUUUCAAGGGAAUGGCUCUUUGGAAUGGAAAGGUUUUACGGAGGCAUGGAGAUGUAUUUGAGCGUACUGCUAGAGGAUACUAUCAUGCGCAUGGUCGUGCAGAUGAUACAAUGAACCUUGGAGGAAUUAAGGUGAGUUCGGUUGAGAUUGAACGCAUAUGCAAUGGAGUAGACAGUAAUAUUGUGGAAACAGCUGCAAUAGGGAUACCGCCUUCUGGUGGUGGGCCGGAGCAGUUGGCUAUAGCUGCUGUGUUAAAGAACUUAAACGUGACAGCACAAGAUUUACAGAAACUGAAGAUGUCUUUUAAUUCAGCUCUCCAAAAAACACUAAAUCCAUUAUUCAGGGUCUCUCAAGUAGUACCAGUGGCAUCUCUUCCAAGGACGGCAUCCAACAAGGUUAUGAGAAGGGUUUUGCGGCAGCAACUUGCGGAAUAUAGCCAAAGUUCUAAAAUAUAA